UGGAUUUUAGAGUUUGUCAUCAAGUUUACGCUUAAUGUUUUUAUUCAGGGGGAAAAUUCGGGCGGUCUGUGUCGCAUGUAGGCCCUCGAGGUCCCUGAGCAGUUUCUCACACUGCCUGAGUGCAAAAGAACGAGGCUCUGAAAUGGCGUCGUGCUGCAGGCAGGACGGAGGGCAGCUUUUCCUAUUUAAACAACUACGGUUUAGUGAGUGGUCGUAGUUUGGCGUGAAUUGUACGCGUACACAGUUGGCAUAAAGUUUUUUUUUUGUUUUUUUUAAAUCAUACUGGGAAUUAAGUAUUUUUGUCCUCUGCGUUUAGGAAUGUCAAACACAAAUAUGGCCUUCUUGAUGCCCUUGAAUAUUGAGUCGUGUUAGCUAACCAACAACAAACUCACUCUCUCCCUCUCUCGUGCUUCUGUCACUAACGCUAAGUUUGUAAGCAGAAAAUCAUGUAAAGCUAAUUAAUUUAGCUGCGUGUUAAUGUGUCUUCUACAUGGACUUAAAUCUAAACACAGUUAAUUUAAGUAGCUGUAGUGGUUAAUGAUAGUCUUGGAAUUAGCAUUACAGUUGGUAACUGUUUCAUAAUAUCCCUAUGUGACAGGUUUGGCGUUGUGUUCAUAAUGCGACUCACUGAUACGGUUGUUUUGACUCCAUUAAACUAUUCACUGCAGCUUUAUUUCGAAGACAAACGUAAACUCAUAUUUGUUGUUUGUUAGUUGAUUUAACUUUUGUUUGUGGCUGCGAGUUUCUGAGGCGAUGAGGAGGGAAAGUUUGUGUGUGUGUGUGUGUUUCUUUCACGUGUCCCCAUCACGAACUUAGCUUCUCUCUCUCUCUCGUGUUGUUAAAUAAAGGAUGUUUCUUUCCUACGGAUACAAAAUAUUUUUAACAAACUCGGGUCCUCGACAUGGUUUUCUCACCCUGAGCCUUAUUUGAGUAUUGAAUUAGCUGAGAAAUACUGUCCAUUCAAAACAACAUCUGUAUACGCCUUCACUAUAGUCCCCCCCCCCCGGGUUCUCUGAUUUCCUCCCACCUCUCAAAAAUAUGACCGUAGGCAUAUUGGCUACUCUAAAAUGGUUCCUAGGUGUGAACGUGUGUCUGCACACUGCCCUUGGAUUGACUGGCGUCCCAAUCCAGGGUGUACUGCCACCUCAUGCCCAGUGUUACUGGGAUAGGCUCCUGAUCCACCGUGACCUUGACUAGGAUAAAGAUUUUUUCCCCAUUUUCUUAAAUAAUAUGUUUAAAUGUAGCCACAGAUCACAACCUCUCUGUCAUUUAAACCCACCAUCUACCCUGAAUUUUAUUUUCAACUUUUCACCACUGAGGAGAACACAUAGCAGGAAAUCUUAAUCUUAACAAUCUUUCAUAUUUGUAAGCGGUUUUUCAGGCAGCAUAUGGUUCUAUAAUCCAAGCACUGCUCACAAGUACAACCAUAUACAUGAACAGUGUAACCAUACACAUGAAGCUGCUUAAUUGCACUUGUCAUGUACAUAAGCUCAGAGUCAGACAGUGUUCAACUAUGCACAGUAUCUCCUCCAGAGCUGAGAUGGAUUCAGAGGAUAUGGAGGUGGAGAGUAGCAGCGAUGUGGGGCAUUCAGGGAUGGAGGAACCGUCCGAGAGCGGCAUGGCAAUGGAGUCAUCAGAAGCCAUGUCUGCAGACAGCAGUGAUGCAGCCACACUGCCAGCCCUUGCACCUGAGUCUGACUGCCAUGUUGGACAGAGCUCUGAGGGCAUUGUGGUUUUUAUCCCAGAGACAAGCUCCAGUACAGAUGUGCGCGGUGUCCAUCUCCCAGACUCCUCCUCUGUCGCGCAGUCCACCAGUGUCUCCAGUGUGUCCACAGUCACCCAGUCAUUGUUGGUGUCCGAGUCACCUCAGGUCCUCGUGCACUCCAGUGCUGUAUCUGAAGGAGGGAUGAUGGUGUCUGAUUCAACAGCCUCCACCUCUUCAGACCUGGGCUCUGCCAUUGACAAAAUAAUUGAGUCCACCAUUGGGCCUGAUAUAAUGAAUGGAUGUAUUGCAGUAACAAGUGCAGAAGAUGACAAUGCAGAGGCCACUCAGUAUCUGAUCCUGCAAGGACCUGAUGAUGGAGCUCCUAUGGUGGCGCAGAUGUCUUCCUCGGCACUAUGCAGCCGCCUCACUAUUGACGCUUUAUCGGAUGGGCCAACCUCCACCUGUUUGGAUCAGGCAGACCUAUCAGAGAGCCUGCAGCCCGACCAGCCGGGCCAUUCAGACUACAGUGAGCAUGAGGACGGCAGUAGUAGCAGCAGCAGCAGCAGCAGCAGCAUUAGUCGGCCUGAUCCAGAUCAGACGGGCGAUCCGGGUCAGUCCCGGUUUGAAGACUAUGGUGCAGAUGAAUCAGAGGAACCGCUGAGAGGCUACGUGGCCGAGUGCAGUGGCGCGGUUGAAUGUAGCGACAGCAGCUGUGUGGAUGAUGGCACUGUGCGGCACUCGUUGGCUGACACAGCUGGCUCACAUCUCCAAGACCAAAUGGAAUGCAGCGAAAGCCAAGCCGGGCCAUACAUCAGCAGCAGUGGUACUUACUCCACCCUUCCAGAGCCUGAGGCAGCACCCAGGGAGGACGAUGGAGUUGUGGUGGAGUCCGGAGUGGCAGCAGGGCCAGGGGACAGGGCUCCCGACCUGGCUGAGCUUGAAGAAAUGAUGGAGGUGGUCAUUGUGCAACAGUUCAAGUGCAAGAUGUGUCCAUAUAAGAGCGUUUCUAAAGACACUCUCAUCAAUCAUAUGAGAGACAGGCACUUCAAACCUGCAGGUGAUCCUCCUAAAAAGCGAGGACGUGGAAGACCAAGAAAAUCUGAGACACUGGCCCAACUGGGGGCAAAGAUGAAAAAAGAGCCGCCAGAGGAAGAUGAAGAUGACAUCAUAGACGCCGGUGCCAUUGAUGAUCCUGAAGAGGACAGUGACUAUAAUCCAGCAGAUGAGCAGCUAAGAGCCAGACCACCUACUCAACGACCAUCUCCUGCCUCCUGCUCUUCAUCUUUCUCCUCUAACUCACUGAAGCGUCCUCGCAGGAUGGUGGGCCCGCCCCGCAAAUUUCUCUACCCUCAAAGUUACACAGAAACAGCAGUGUCAGUGUCUCAGACAAGCACUAUAGUGGACCCCCAGGCUCCUGAAGAGGCCAGUUCCUCUGGGCUGGAGAAUGGCACUGUCUCGAUAUCUAAUGGCUGUACUGUGGAGCAAGGUGUCAGCCAAUCAGAUUCAGAGAACAAAGAUCCUUCAUCAAACAAUGGCCCUGAUGACGAGGAGUUUUUCCCACGGAGGCGCGGACGACCAUCAAGGCGUUUUCUUCGCAAAAAAUAUAAAAAAUAUAUUAACAGAAACAAGUACUACAAAUCCCUCAAGCCUCUGUUGAGACCUCAUAACUGCUGGAUCUGUGGGUCACGCUUUCUGUCUCAAGAGGACCUCCGAUUUCAUGUGGAUUCUCAUGAGGGCAACGAUCCAGAACGCUUUAAGUGUCAGCAGUGCAGUUACCGCUGUAAACGUUGGUCUUCACUUAAGGAGCAUAUGUUCAACCACCAAGGUACCAAACCAUUUAAGUGUGACGUCUGUGACUAUUCAAGUGUCUACAAGAAGGACGUUGUCCGACAUUCUGCAGUUCACAGCAAAGAAAAGAGUAAGAAGACAGGCCUGCCUUUUGAUGGUCUUCCCCAGAUUCCAAAGGUGUCUGAGUUCCCGUGCCCAAUCUGCCAUCGUGUUUACCCCAUGCAGAAACGCCUCACGCAGCAUAUGAAGACGCACAGCUCAGAGAAACCGCACAUGUGUGAUAAGUGUGGAAAGUCUUUCAAGAAACGAUAUACUUUCAAAAUGCAUCUGCUCACACACAUCCAAAACUGUGGAAACAGCUUGUUUAAGUGUGAGUUCUGUGAGGUCACUUGUAAUGAUAAGAAGCAGCUUCUAAACCACCAGCUGUCUCACACCAAUGACAAGCCUUUCAAAUGUGACUACUGCAAGUACUCCACGAGCAAAGAGGACUUCCUGUUGUCUCACAUUGCUAUCAAACACACUGGAGAGAAGCCGUUCUGCUGUGACCUGUGCCACUUCAUGACCAAGCACAAGAAGAAUCUGCGGCUGCACAUGCAGUGCCGUCACCCUGAGGCCUUCGAAAGGUGGUGCGAGUCUAAUCCUGAGGAGCCAGUGAGGAGGCGCAGGAAGCCCUUCUUCACCCUGCAACAGAUAGAGGCACUCAAACAACAGCACGAGAGCCAGACACUAGGGAGCACCAUUGUAACCGUGGAUCCGUUAACUCUUCAAACCAUGGAGCCAAUGGGGAAUGCAUCUGUGUCCCAGGAUGCACUGGGAAACACCACCAUCAUCUACGAGCAAGGCCAGUCGUCAGAUCUGUCCGCCCAGAAUGCACUGGACCUGCUCCUGAACAUGAGCAAUGCACGAGAGCUGGUUGGAAAUUCACUCCAGGUAGCUGUUCUGAAAUCGGAUGGCAAGACCCUGGAGGCGGGUCCUUGGGUCACAGCGGAGUCUGCAGGUCAAGACUCAUCCCUGCAGCCACAGAACGUCGUGACCUAUCACGUGUCUGAGAACGGGGAGACCCUCGUGCAGGAGGCGCUGACUCAGGAGGAGGCCGCAGAAGGCGAACAGGAGUUUGCACAGAUUGCCAUCAGCGCUUAUGCGACCGCCAGAGAGUUUAGCGUGGUGGAACAGGCUGCUGAGGAGAUUCACAGCACCGCCACAGCUUAUAGUGUGGAGGAGAGCUCAGCUGAUCAUCAGACUGUGGAGGUAAGCAGUGAGUCAGUGUCUCUCUCUACACCGUUGAAGGAACACAAAGACAAGUUCUACCUGAGCUCCAGUUUGACUGAUGGCGUGCUUCAGCAAGUGGAGCUGAGUAGUGAAGCCCCAGGCUCUCCAUCUCAGAGCUCAUCUUCCCAGCCCCAGCAGCUCAACACCAAACGCUUCUGCUGUCGGGUCUGCAUGGAGACUUUUCAUGGACGCUCCGACAUGGAGAACCACAAGAGGGCGCACCUGGACCCCAACACAUUCAAAUGUCCUGACUGUGAAUUCACUGCUACAUCGUGGCCAGAGGUUAAGACUCAUAUGGCUAUGCAUGCCUACCUGCGGCCUCAUAAAUGCCCAAGCUGCAGCUUUGCCUCCAAAAACAAGAAGGACCUGCGGCGCCAUAUGAUGACGCACACCAAUGAGAAGCCUUUUUCGUGCGAAGUCUGUGGACAGAGGUUUAAUAGGAAUGGCCAUCUGAAGUUCCACAUGGAGAGGCUGCACACGCAGGACCCCCCGCCUCGCAAGCCCAGAUCCAGCAGCUCCCAACAGACCAUUAUUGUGAACAGUGAUGAGGAGGCCUUGGCUACACUGCAGACAUUGCAGGCAGGUCAGACUGUGAUCAGUCCAGAGCAACUGCAGCAGGCUUUAGGACAGGAGCACAUAAUAGUGGCCCAGGAACAGUCUCUCUCUGACCAGGAGGAUGCUGCAUACAUUCAGCAGAUAACUACAGUAGAUGGCCAGACAGUGCAACACUUAAUGACGGCGGAUAAUCAGGUCCAAUACAUCAUCUCACAGGACAGUGUUCAGCACUUGAUCCCACAGGAAUAUGUUGUUGUAUCCAAUGGCAACCACAUUCAGAUGGAGGAUGGCCAGAUUGCUCAUAUCCAGUAUGAGCAUGACGGGACACUCCUACAAGAACAGCAGAUUGCUGUGACUCACAAUGGACAAAUCCAGUACUUCCCUAUCAGCACUGAGCAACAGAUAGUGAGCCCUGAGGAUCUAGAAGCUGCUGCACACUCUGCUGUCACCGCUGUAGCUGAUGCAGCCAUGGCCCAAGGUCAAACAGUCUACACCACAGAGGCCACACCUGAACAGCUGGAGCAGAUGCAGCAGCAAGGCAUUCAAUACGAUGUCAUCACAUUUACAAGGGAAUAAGGACACGUACAGGUUGCAUGGCCUGCUGGUGCCAUGGAGCAUUACGAUCAAGAGGCCAUAGUAACAACUCACUGUUACUAUCCAUAAUGGAAAAUUAACAUGCAAAUGAUUAUUUUUUGUUUGUUUUUGUAUAUUAUGUAAAGUACAAUUAUAGAAAGAGUGGGGAAGUACAAUAGUGGAAUAUAAAAGCAAAUCAUGCCUUGUAAUUAUUUAAAAUGAUUUAUCUUGCUCUGCCUCCACUAUUCUGCUUUGUAAAAAAAAAAAAACCAUACAAAAUUCUGUACUUAAUUAAAUUUAAAUGAUUGCUUGGUUUGCUGUAGCGAUUAAGAGAGCAUAACGACUACUGGUGGUACUACGUAUGUACUUUGGAAGUCUGGUUUAGUUCUGUGGUCUUUAUUUUGUCAUGUUUUCCUGAAACACUGUUCUGAAAUAGUAGCUUUCAUUCAUUUUUCAUUCAUGUUUUUUGUUUGUUUGUUUGUUUGUUUGUUUGUUUGUUUUUGUUUUGUUUUUUAAUUGUAUAUGAUUUUUCCAUGAGGUUUUGCUUUGGCAUUAAUAAAGCUAAUACCACUUAAGUCUCA